CAUCGAAGCCAGCCACUUUAACAAACUUAACAAACCCCCCGAAUUAAAUAAACCCCACUCUUCAAAAUAUUAUUAUCAUUACUGAUAACCAAUUAACCAACCCAAGAGAGCCCACCCUAGUUUUGCUUAUUAGUUUUCAUUCUCUCAUUUCUCUCUCUCUUUCUUCAUGGACGUUCGCCGGCGACCCCCGCUCCCUCCCCGAGCCGGCGGCGUCGAACCAGUCAAGCAGCACCAGAGAAACCACCCCAAAGCCUCCGACGCGCUGCCGUUGCCGUUGUACUUGACGAACGGCUUGUUCUUCACGCUCUUCUUCACCGUCGCUUACUUCCUCCUCCACCGUUGGCGCGAGAAGAUCCGCUCCUCCACUCCUCUCCACGUCGUCACGCUCUCCGAGAUCGUCGCCCUCUUCUCCCUCUUCGCCUCCGUCAUCUACCUCCUCGGCUUCUUCGGCAUUGACUUCGUCCAGUCCUUCGUCCACCCCCGCGCUCCCCACGACCCCUGGAACGAAGUCGUUAGGCCGACACGUCGACAAAACGACGUCGUCAAGGGGUCGGGGUCGCGGUUAGUAAUGCCUAUUAAUAUUUCUCAUCUUUCUGUUCCGGCCAUGCCGGAGCAGGAGGACGAGGAGAUUAUUAACUCCGUAGUGUCCGGAGCGACUCCGUCGUACACUCUGGAGUCGAAUCUCGGGGACUGCCGGAGAGCCACCGGCAUACGGCGAGAGGCACUGCAGCGGACGACGCGUCGUUCGCUGGAGGGACUGCCUUUGGAAGGCUUCGAUUACGACUCCAUACUCGGACAGUGCUGCGAGAUGCCGAUUGGGUACGUGCAGAUUCCGGUGGGAGUCGCCGGACCGCUGCUGCUCAACGGCGAGGAGCUCACUGUCCCAAUGGCGACCACUGAAGGCUGCCUUGUCGCCAGCACCAACCGAGGCUGCAAGGCCAUUUACGCCUCCGGCGGUGCCCACUGCGUCAUUCUCAAGGACGGCAUGACCAGAGCUCCGGUGGUGAGGUUCAACUCCGCCGUCAGAGCGGCCGAGCUUAAGUUCUUCCUCGAAGACCCAGAAAACUUUGAUUCACUCGCCAUCGUUUUCAGCAGAUCGAGUAGAUUUGCUAAGCUUCAGGGGAUUAAAUGCGCAGUUGCAGGCAAGAAUCUGUACAUGAGGUUUACUUGCAGCACUGGAGAUGCGAUGGGGAUGAACAUGGUCUCCAAAGGGGUCCAAAACGUCUUGGAUUUCCUCCAGAGUGACUUCCCCGACAUGGAUGUUAUCGGCAUCUCCGGGAAUUUCUGCUCGGACAAGAAACCGGCAGCGGUGAAUUGGAUAGAAGGGCGAGGUAAAUCAGUGGUCUGCGAGGCUGUGAUCAAGGAAGAAGUGGUGAGGAAGGUACUGAAGACCAAUGUAGCUGCUCUAGUGGAGCUCAACAUGCUUAAAAACCUUACCGGGUCUGCAAUGGCCGGUGCGCUUGGCGGGUUCAAUGCCCACGCUAGCAACAUUGUCACCGCAGUGUACAUAGCUACCGGCCAGGACCCUGCACAGAAUGUGGAGAGCUCUCACUGCAUUACAUUGAUGGAGGCCAUAAACGAUGGCAAGGACCUUCAUGUCUCAGUCACCAUGCCUUCCAUUGAGGUGGGAACAGUUGGGGGUGGAACACAACUAGCAUCACAGUCAGCAUGCCUGAACUUACUGGGAGUGAAGGGUGCCAGCAAGGAGUCUCCUGGUUCAAACUCAAGGAAACUAGCCACCAUUGUUGCAGGUUCUGUUCUUGCAGGAGAGCUCUCUCUCAUGUCAGCCCUUGCAGCAGGUCAGCUAGUUAAGAGUCACAUGAAAUACAACAGGUCUAGUAAGGAUGUGUCAAAACUUGCCUGCUAAAAUUGGAAAGAACAAUAAACUAAAAGCCAACAGUGAAAAAAUAAGAGCUUGAGAUGUAGAAAAGGACACUGUGAUGGGGUUGGGGGUUGGAGGGGGAAAGAACAUGGUGGGGGGUAUGUCACAUGUGUUGGGGAGGGGAGCUUAACAGAGGAAGCACAUGGCUGAGAAGAAAAGGCAAAAAAAGAAAGAAGUUCAGAAAGGGAAUAAGGGCCUUUGUGCAGUAGUAUCAGUCAGUUUUUGGCAACAUGUAUUGGAAAGCUAGCUUGCAAAAUAGUGAAGUGUGGUUAGGUGGAGGAACAAGAGGCUCUCCCCAAAUAUAUAGUAUAUAUAGCAGGCUUGUAAUAUUUGAUUUAUUUGGUGUUAAUUUGUCUUCUAGUUUGUAAUUUUAGGGAUUUAAUUCAAGGCUUUUUUCAGAAAAAAGGGUUUUGUCCCUUUAGUGAAGUGUGACUAGCUAUUUACCCUUGUUAUAACCCAACAUGGGAACUGUUCUUUGAUCUAUGAUAUAAAUUAACCAAUGCAUUCUACAAUG